CAGACAGGGGGAGUGUGUGUGCUCACCUUGUCUGGGUGUGUCCCUGUAAAAGCAGCAGGUACUGCCGCAUUUCGUCUCUGUCUCUUGCUGGAAAGACUUGAAGCGUCCGGGAUGGAUCUGCUCGCCUCUAAGUUGCUUCUGUUUCUGCUUUUUCUCAUCGGAUCCCACGCAGAACACGGCGUCCUGCCGGAGGGUCCGCUCAGCGCGCUGGUGGGCAACAACGUGACUUUUAAGACCCUGCUCGACCGACCCAACUACGUCGCCAUAAUCUGGAAUUACAACAACGGGGCUGAUCAGGUCAACAUCGCGACCGCCAGCUCAGCAGAGGUGAAUGUGGCCGAAACGUACAAGGGAAGAGUUACUCUCAACAAGACCAACGGAGACCUGUUCCUGGGGCCCCUGAAGCCCAGUGACAGCGGGGACUACAGCAUCAGUGUGGUUUUGCUUGGCGCUCCUACUAAAACCCAGGAGACUAAACUCCGAGUUCUGGAGCCCGUGGCUGAUGUGGCCAUCAAGUCCAACAUGGCCGACGCCAUCGAGCACAACAGCACUGUGGUUCUCACCUGCUCUGCCAAAGGGUCCUUCCUCAAGUUCACCUGGACCAACGGCACCACGCCCAUCAUGGCCGACGGCAAACGACUCACGCUCAAAGAGGAGGACCUGUCCAGUACACUGACCAUCACAGAUGUUCUCAGGUCAGAUCUGGUUGGGCCCAUCUACUGCACAGCAGCUAAUGAUCUGGAGACGGAGAAGAGCGCCCCCUUCAACCUUACUGUCUACUACGGACCUGAAGAAGUCACCAUCACUCCUUUGAACCCUCCACAGUUCGUCUCAUCCAGCUCAAACUUCAACCUGUCCUGUUCAGCCCAGUCCGACCCACCGGCCACCUUCAUAUGGUACCACAAUCAGCAGAUGAUGGAGGCCGGUGGUCCCGUCCUGACUCUGGAUGUGAUCAAAGCCCACGGACUGGGGAAGACAGCGGAGGAAUACACAUGCAGGGCCACCAACGCCAAAACCAAGCGCGUUGUUCCUUCUGCCGGCGUUUCCUUCGCUUUGAUGGAACCCAUCUCAGGUGUUAAAAUCAGCGGUCCGACUGAUGUCCUCAUCGCCGGCAACAGCACGGCCAACAUCAGCUGCCAGGCGACGUCCGGCAGCGUCAAGUCCACAACCUGGCACAAAGAUGGCAAACCUCUGUCUGCCAAUUCCCGCCUGUCGUUUGCCAGUGACAUGAGCUCCAUGAUGAUCACUGUGCUGCAGAAAGAAGACAACGGCGAGUACACGUGUCAGCUCAGCAACCCCGUCAACAAAGAACAGGCCUCCUACAAGAUGGUGGUCAACUACGGCCCCGAAUCACCAACGGUGACGGGUGAAAAGGAAGUAGAGAUGAACGACCCGGUGAAGCUCACAUGUGUUGUUGACUCCGUCCCCCCGGCCAACAUCACCUGGAAGUUUAACGGAACAGUGACCAAUGUCAAAACGACCACGUACUCCAUUGAGAAGGCUGCUUUCAAAAACACUGGGACGUACACGUGUGAGGCGCACAACUCUGUUACUGGCAAGACCACAUCGUUCACCCACAGCCUGUCCGUCAAAGAGGAAGGAGCUCUGGAUGAAGGCCUCUCAGAUGGAGCCAUCGCUGGAAUCGUCAUCGGCGUCCUUCUUGCUCUUGGUGCCGCCAUCGGCUUAAUCAUAUACUGCAGGCAGAAAGUACCGGUCGAGUCGCCGUACUAAAGAAGCUCCCGCACGCUGAUGGAGCCGCCGGCCCAAACAUCCCACCGUUUUGUUUCCCUUGAUCCACCGGUGCAGUUGGGAGGAGAGUCCAGUUGGAUCCAACUGGUUUCCUGUGAGGCCCUCGCCCAGACCGGCAUCCCAUCAUGCCUCUCUCUCUCUCUCUCUCUCUCUCUCUCCCUCCCUCUUUGCGUGGAAACUCGAUUCAACCCAAACGAGCUUGGCUUAUCAGCUGGAAUCUUCACUCUUGUUCUAAGUGUUCAUUGAGUUUUUUAGCUUUUCUCACCUUCACCAUGAACUCGUCCACCGUCACUGGAUCGUCACCUCCUCUCUCUUCUCCUCUUGUUCCUCCGGCUGUUAACAAACACCAUCCGUCACCUUCGCUGCUUCCUUUAGGAAACUGAACCCGCCGAGAAACUCGGAGCCGUCAGACACGUCUCCUGGACAGAAGCUGAUGGACUGACGGUUAGAUGAGUGACUCCUUUUAUCCCUCUGGAAACCUGAGGAGGAAACACACACACACACACACCUGUAUGACACCUGGGUGAUCACAGAGGCCACACACUGGGUAAAACUAACCUCUGAGAAGAUCCUGUGGUUUGAUUUAUCUCACUGUCAGUGCCAGGCGGGUGGAGUUUGUCUGAUCGGGGGCACUUCAGGUGCAGUGAAUGUUUUCAGAGUAAACUUUUUGAUGCUUCUCUGUACUUGACAGUGUUAUCAGAGGACAGUUUGAUCCUAAAUACCUCAGUUUCUGCAGUGCUCACCGCCUUGAAGACAAACCUGUCAAGCCCACCUCCUUACCAACAUGUUGCUAGCUGAGAUUUUAUUUUACUACAAAAUUUUAUUAGCAUUUCUCUCUCGUUUCUUUCCUUCCUGAUGGUUUUCCUUUCCUCUUCCCGUUAUAUCCAACACAGACGUUCAGCCCCCACGAGCUUCAAACAGUAAAAACAAGAUUAUUUGGGUCAUUUUAAAUUGUUUUCUAACUUUUCAAAGGAGCAAACUGUGCGUCAUCAAGAUGUGCAAAUAAAACAGCAACAACAAACUAGAGCACUAAGUGGUUUGAACAGGCCAAAAGCACAAAAACUUUAGACCUCUGCAUUUUAAUUACUUGGUGCUUUACUGGACGCUUCAUCUGAAAAAUCAGGUUAAAAUUUGUUUCAAAACUAAGCCAGGCACCCAGAACCUCCAGUUCUGCAUUAGCCGAUCGUCCGGACCGAGUAAAAUCCCACAAUAAAACUACCGACUGGAAGAAUCCAACACCUUUUCUCUGUCGCUCGUGACGGAAGCCAUCUUGCUUUUAAUCGUUGCUGAUUUUAAUCGUUGCUGUUUUUUAGUCGUUGCUGUUUUUGUCCCCCUGAUACUGCUGACAGGGCUGUUUUACAACUGUUAAAUGUCAGGCUGUGGUCUGUACACAUGAAGACAAGCAGACAGAGACACACUCUCACCUGCCCUAAUCUCCGCUGUGAUUCAGGAUUUCCCCCAACUGUUUUCAUUUCUAGCUUUAUCCUCCCUGUCUUUGUGGCCCGGGAUGCUCUUUCAGUUGUUGUUGUUGUUGUACGUCGUCUCCUGUGAGAGGAGGUGGAGGAGGAGGUGGAUGUUUAAGGCGGCAGGUUCCAACACGCAGAGACGAAUAAGCGAGGUGAAGGUGAAGAAGGAAGAAAAUGAAAGAAAAAAAGUGCGGGAAGGUGUUUGUUGGCGGCGACAGUCUUUGACUUUUGGAGGGAAAGUUUGUUGAGCUACAGAGAGAUGCUACUGAGUUCUUUUAUUAAACUGUUUAUACUACAAUUGGGUAGAAGUUGUUGAGCUAAAUUAAGAGUUUUUAUCUGAAAAUGUAACAGAAAACAAACCACUUUAUCCAUCGUUUGAAGUCGAGCUAUUAGCCAAAUCACUGAUGUUUUCUUGGCUAUUUUGUCAUCAAACCUCAGAUAAUUUAUCUUGCGCCAUGAGCUUGCUGGUCUUAUUAUUAUUUUUUCUUUUUUUUUUUUCUUUUUUUUUUUUUUUACAUUUUUCAUGUUUGUGUGGUUUGUGGUUGUGUGUGAUCUCAGACUUCGACAUGCACUGAUCUCCAGUGAGAAAAGUAUUUAUUUUGUUUGAGAAAAGAAAAACUUGAUAACUGGAGCUGAAGAUCAUAGCUGGUCUGCAGAUCACACAUUCAAAAUCUCAUUAGCUUUUUUGGUGUUUUUCACCCUGCACUCAGUGGAUCAAAGAUGCACGAGAACUGAGUUUAAAAAAAGUCAUUUUCAACAUAUAUUUAUGUCUCCGUGUGCGACAACACACAGCACAGAAUGUAUUCAUAACAACACAACAUGUAGAUAAGACGCUUUUGUUGUCAGACACAUUUAUAUGUUCGAAAAGCAGCCUGAAAGAGAAACUGCCCUCAUUGUACAUAAUAUAGAUUCAGUUUUGAGUGAGGGUACGCAGGGUUUUUAUUUCUUAUCAUGAUUUAUUUGAUUUAUUUGAAAUUCUUGUCCUUUUUUGUUUUGUUUACAUAAACUCACUUCUACAAAAUUCCUGUACAAAUCUUAAAGAUAAAAUUAAUGUUCCCUCUGUGAAAUUCAUGUCCAAUUUAACAUCUUUGUAAAGCCAUAAAAGCUGUGGAAAUAUUUUCCUAA